AUGUCUUCUACAACUACCGCCGGAGUAAAACGCCGGGCUGCGUGGGAUGAGCCGCGCAGGCUCCCCCCGAAAAUGCGAGUCCUCGAGUCUCAUGUCGCCGUCAAUCAGCUCGCAAUGUCUCAACCCUCAUCUCCCCAGACUGCUUCCAUCAUCAUGCCUCCCACUCCCGGCUCAUCACCCUCGCAGCCGGCUGCUUGGAACUCUACUUGUGAGAGAGCGGAAGACCUGGGUGAUAGUCACCUUCGGCGGGCGCUCUCUGAAUGGACCCAAGAGGAGGCUGUUGAGCUCCUGAUGUCUCUUGCAAGGAAAGACAUGCGGGUGAGGCUAGCGGUCGAAAACGAGAACCGCAGGAUGGCCAAGACUAGACAAAAAAGCGAGGAGAGGAUUCAGGCAUUGAAUUUCGACGAUAUUCUUAAGCGGGUGGAGCGGGACCUGUAUGGAGAAAAGCCUCGGUCUUGGAGCUAUGAAAAAGCGUUGGAUGAUGCUAUGGAUGUUGCAGCCCGCAUCGCACUUAUUUUCCGCCGGUUUUCAGAACACCUCUCGAAAGACGACCCCUCGGACGUCAAAUGUGGUACCAUGGUGACGGUGGCGACCAUCUGGGAUCUCGUGAUAUUCGCACCGCCCUCCGAGGCACACGAACAGUGUCUCGCAUCAAGUUUGGAGUGGGAGGGAGCUACGCUGAGCCUAUGGAAACGGAUGAGCGAAUUGGAGAAGAAAUCGUUCGCUUCACAUGCUGGUGUGGUGAAGACCCUCAUCAAGACGGCAAUAGAAUGGGAGAAACAUGGUAAGAGGGAGGACAUGUUCAAGCGCUGGUUACGAAAAAUGAAGAAGGCAUCGGAUGGAACACUGAGUGCCGAGUAUGCGGAAUGGGAUACACGAACACGUCCUUCCAGGACCCGAAACCAACUAGUCGAGUGUGGACCAAGUUCACCUCCUCUUGCGAACUUAACUUUGGAGUAG